AUGGGUUCCAACUUGCUACCCGAGUAUGUCAAACUUUUGAACCUCCUAAGUUCUUACAGCAAUAUUCCGUAUAGUUUGAUCGAAUCUUUGAGGUCGUAUGGCAUCGUACUAUACCAGCUAGAUUUGCAAAACACAUUCAGUGCACCUAUGCCAUGGAUCGGGAUGUAUAUUGCGCUAGGGUCUCUGGUUUGCAUCCUUGCAAUGGUGGCUGAUCUAAUACAUGGCUUUCGAAACAAAAGCCUCUUGUUUCCGUGUAGAUAUUUCACCCUGAAUGCUGCUUCUCUUUCCGUAAUAGCGUGUGCAAUGAAGCUACCCAUGGACUUAAACAACUCAAUGCCUGGUAAUGUGGAUAGAGUCGCAAAGAUUGGAAGCAUGGCCUUUAUGUGCACUAUGAUGGCUAAUUCAUUGCCUUCUUUAACCACCAUGAGCAGUAAGGAACUCCUCACAAACAUCAUAGCUCUAAGUGUUCUGGUAAUUACCAUGAUUGUGAAUGUUGGUAUCCAAAUCAAAACAGGUGUUCUUUCCAAUCUUGAAGACAGAAAUUAUAUUGAGAACUUGGGUUAUAUCUAUGAUAUAUCACCAGCCAUGUCUGAACUUUACAUUGGGUUAAUAGCAACCAUUUAUUUGUCUUUCUUACUCAUAUUGCUGAUAUUACAUGCAUGUUCAUCUUUAGUAAUUCUAAAAUCUAAAGAGAUACUAGAAUCAAAAUAUCAAGCAGGUCAUGAAACAGCAAAAAGGGAUCAACUGCUCCAACAACCAAGGGGAUUAACUGUCGAGAAGCUAAAGCAGCGUGUAACCCUCUACUGGAUCAUGGCAGGAAAUAGGAACCCCCAAUUCCUCACGGCUUGCUUUGCUACAAUCUGUGCUUCUGGUGUAGUAUGUGGUAUUAGCUGUGCCAUACAUUGUCAUGUUAUGGGUUUGAUACUUCAAAUUCCAUAUCUAAAAGACUACAGAUCGGAUUAUAAGUGGUCUAUGUUAGUGAUAUGCAUAAUACAGUUUAUUGGAGUCAUAAUAGGUACAGUUGCCCCGGGUUAUAGAUAUGGUGCAGCCUUAAGACUUAAGUUGUCCACAAACGGGAUAUGGAGCCAUAUAAUGGUCUUUAAAGUAGAGAAAUACUGGACUCAGAAGUUAUAUGACUGGAAACAAAGUAGUAUAUUGACCCCGUUCCCAUCCAGUGGCCGCAGAUACAAGAUUGCCACUCUGAAUGUGAAAAUCUUCAUUUACGAUUUUUGCAUAGGAUUUCAGAAGGCAAUAGUGGUAACAUGCAAGAUGAUAUCGCUGAUUCCGGUGUUCUAUCUGAGGUGUGUAUUGUAUUGCUUGAGUGGUUGGAAUUGGUUGACGGACAAGUUUAGUUCUUCAUGUAUUGUGUUGGUAAAAAAUCCUGAGCCACCAGUACAAAGUAAAAAGCAUAGUCCAUAUGUUUUGCAGCUUGAAGACGAUAUGGAGUUUGUUGACAUAUCAGUGAAAUCGAUAUCGGAAUCUGUCAACUCCUUGAUCCAAAAGUCUGAAAAGCAAAAACCUUACAAUCUAAUGAAGCUUCUUGUGGAAUCUAGAGGUUUUGACGGAGUUGAAAAGUUUGACAGCCAGCAAGUUCCACCUUUACUUUCAAAACAAAUUUUAAAUUGUUGGAGCUUACCAGUGGUAACCAUGACAACUAUUGCCAUUUCUCUUUCUAACAUCCAAAAGGACAAAGUUGAUAAGUUGCUGAGCGGUGUCAGUGAAGGUCUUGUAUAUGUUUCACUUGUGCAAGAAUGCCUCAACUCUACCGAUGACCACACAAUAAUUCAAAAGGCAGCUAAGUUGCUAUGGGUGGAGGUUGAAUUGUACCAGAAAUGGUUAGGAUACAAGUUGGAUAAACUUGCUCCUGAAGCGAAUACAACAGUUGAUAUUCUUAAAUGGUUCAGUGAUACAUCUAAAAACAUGGUCAAUGAAGUGAAUGGUACAAAUAUUGGAGAUUUGAAUGACAACUUAAGAUGCAGGUCUAUUUCUGCCAAUUCAAUGUAUCGUAUCACUGAAACAAUCCGUAUUUCCUACCAAGACGGCAUCAAUGAAGUUAGCCAGGAGGAACUAUUUGCACUGUUAUCUGUGAUGAUAUCUGAAAUAUUGGCUGCGUGUCUCACCAACAUACCUCAAGUCAUAGCCAGGAAAUGCCAUGCAAGUGCGAUUGAGAAAAGAGAGGCUAGUGUACAUGCUGCAGCUCAACUUCUUGGUGAGACUUCAGAUGUAAUCAACAGCCUUCAAGAACGCGAGUUUCCAAGCUUGAACUCAGAUGAGAUCGCUUUUAUUGACCACUGGCGUGAUUAUUUCAUGAAUCAUUUUCCUUAG